AUGGCCCUGUCCAUACCAUGGCCAUCACAAAUGAAACCAUGCUUCACAACAGAGCACCGGGAAGCAGCUAUUAACUGCAGUGAUAACCAGACCCCCUGUGGUCGGACCUGUCUCUCUCUUUCUAAUAUGGAGUUGGAGUGCUACCCCAUUGACGGCUGUAACUGUCCUCUGGGACUGUACCUGAAUAACAAACGGCAGUGUGUUCCAAAAUCACAAUGUCCCUGCUACUUGGAUGCAAACACUAUCGUAAUGCCCAACCAGCAAACCACCUUCAAUGGUCUCACAUGUUAUUGCGUCAGUGGAAGACUCAGCUGCAUAGGAAAACCAAUGGAUUUUGAAGAAACUUGCAUGGCUCCUAAAGUAAUGAAGACCUGUGGGUCCCUGUCUGAUAAAUUCGGAGCAGCUUGUGCCCCAACAUGUCAGCUUCUGGCUACUGGUAUCCGCUGCGUACCCACUAAGUGUGAGGCUGGUUGUGUUUGCCCUGCUGGGACGUAUGAGGAUCUUGAUGGCAGCUGUGUAGAAGAGAGCGAUUGUUCCUGUGAAUAUGGUGGCAUCAUUUACAGAAGUGGAGAGUCCAUGUUUGGAGAUUGUCAGAGCUGCACCUGCAGUGGAGGACAAUGGCAUUGUGAGGAGACUCCGAACUGUUCCUCCACCUGUAUGAUGUUUGGGGAGAGUCACAUCAAAACAUUCGACGGACAACAAUACUUGUUUGAUGGGAACUGUGAAUACACCUUAGUCACUGAUGGAUGUAGAUUGAACACAUUGUCGUCUUCAUUUAAGAUAGUCACAGAAAAUGUCAUUUGUGGAACCACUGGAGCAACCUGCGCUCGGUCCAUGACAGCCACCAUUGGGAACACAGAGCUAAAGUUGUUUGAUGGAAAAUAUACCAUCUCCCAUGAAACACCCGAUGUGGAUAUUGUAGUACAGAACAACACCCUCUACAUCAUGUUUGAUAUCACUAUCCCUGAUAAGUUCUACAUCUCACUCACCUGGAACAAGAAUAUGAAUUUGUUCAUCAAGAUAUUAAAGCUUGGCAAGGAAUCAGUAUGUGGUCUUUGUGGAAACUAUAAUGGCAACAUAAAUGAUGACUUUGAAACAAGAAGCAAAUAUGUGGCUUCUACUCAGCUUGAGUUCAUAAACUCAUGGAAAGAUAGACCAACAUGCAUGGAUGUCAACGCUGCCGUAGAUCCCUGUGGACAAAAUCCACAACGGAAGAGCUGGGGUGAAAAGAGUUGUCAAGUUCUGAAGUCUAAACCUUUUGAGGCCUGCAAUAAAGUGGUGAAUCAUCAAAAAUACUUUCAGGCUUGUCUAAAUGAUGCUUGUGCAUGUGACACAGGAGGAGAAUGGGAAUGCCUUUGUGAAGCUGUCCAAGCCUAUGCUGCAGCAUGUCUUAGUGCUGGAAUUUGUGUUGACUGGAGAACACCAGAUUUUUGCCCUGAACCAUCAACUACAACACCAGUGCCAAGCACAGCGCCUACAUCAACCCCAACUUCAACAUCAAGCACAAUUCCAGCUUCUCCGUCCCUAUCAGAUGCUUGUUGGGGUCUGGGAACCUUCUUAAAUUCAAUGCCCAGCAACACCAGAAAAAUCAACAAAAACACAACAAACAUCUUCAACCUCUACAUCUACUUCCUCAACAACAAGUUCAACUACCACCUCUCACUCACCAUCAACAAUACAUGUAACUCCUACAACAACUUCAACUACUAUUACUUAUAUACCAAGAACAACACCUACACCUUCAAUACCCCCAACAACUUCAACUACCACUACUCACUCACCUUCUUCAUCUCCUACACCGAUCACUAA